CUGGAGAGGAGCGAUGACCGAAGCCGACCAGGCCACAGAACCUCUGCCUUCAGCCAAUGAGAAGGAAGCAGCAGGAAACACUGCAGAAACAGUUUCAUCUGGGGUCGUGGACCGACUGGAAGCGGUACACCAGGCUUUCAGACACGCGUGGACGGGCUACAAGGACCACGCAUUGGGGUCACGACGAGUUCAAGCCCAUCUCCAAGUCCUUUGGAGAGUGGUUUGGACUGGGUUUGACCCUCAUAGACUCUCUGGACACCAUGUGGAUUCUGGGCCUGAAAGAAGAGUUUACUGAGGCGAGGGUCUGGGUGGAGAUGGACCUCUCCUUCCACAAGAAUGUGGAUGUGAACCUUUUUGAAACAACAAUCCGUGUCCUCGGGGGUUUGAUCAGCACCUACCACCUGUCAGCAGACCAGCUGUUCCUGGAGAAAGGAGAGGUUGUGAAUGAGGUGAUGAAGCUGGUCCAUAAGCUGCCGGGGAAACACGACGGCCUGGUGCCCAUGUUCAUUAACACCAACAGUGGACAGUUCACACACAAAGGAGUGUUCACACUGGGCGCCCGAGCAGACAGCUACUACCAAUAUCUGCUCAAACCGUGGAUCCAAGGAGCCAAGACAGAAGACGAGGAAUUACAAGUUUACAUUUCUGAGUCCGGUGUAAACGCUGGCACACAAACACAGACACUUAGAGGUUGGGUUUCUACACAGUGAGUGACUAUUAUUGAGAUUUACGCCAAACAAAACACAAAAUAUAGUGGUUUAUAUAAACCAGGGCUG